UUUGUUUACAUCUGAGAAAUACAUUGUCAUUGAUCCACGGAACACUGUACUGAGAAUAAAGAGAAAAUAUUCUGUUCUCAUGUUUACUUAAUAGCUGGGAACGGACGAUAUAUUCAUGUUAACAUUAUUUUGAGAAAUCAUGGUACAUCUGACUACAGAUGUCAUAAGCAAAGGUCUGUUGUUGAGACAUCAGAAAUGGAGCAGUGAUGAAGAGAAGGAGAAGCUUUUGAGUAAGCUAACGCAUAUAUAUGCUCAUGGCAAAAAUAUCGAUGUGAUUGAUCCGAUUCCUGAAUGCAGGAAUGUGUCGGUUAUCUAUCUAUAUGACAAUAGCAUUAACUGCUUAGAAAACCUGCAACACUUUGAUAGCAAGCUCACGCAUCUCUAUCUGCACGAUAACAAGUUGAGCAAGAUUGAUAACCUGUCAACUCUGAGGCAUCUCAAAAAGCUCUAUCUUGGAUACAAUCAGAUUACGGUCGUGGAGGGUUUGGAGAAUUUAACAAACCUAACAGAGUUGCAUGUUGAAUCCCAGAGACUAGCACCUGGUGAAACCUUGUUACUUGACCCUAGAAGUCUACGGGCUAUUGCAGAGAGCCUGCAGGUGUUGAACUUAGCUGGUGACCAGCUGCAGGCGAUCAGCGACCUUGCCGUGCUCUCCUGUCUCACACAGCUGCUCGCCGCACACAACGACCUCGCUGACUUGCGCUCCGUCACAGACGUCGUCACGCAGCUGCCGUGCCUGCGCGUGCUGCACCUCGAGGGAAACCCCGUGUGCCGGCAGAAGAAGUACCGGGAGAGCAUCAUCGUGGCCGGCGAUGCACUCGAAUCUCUUGAUGAUAAAGAAGUGACUACCACCUCUCGUCAGUUUCUCAAGAACUGGGUGGCAAAUAAGGAAAUGCAGAAGAGCAGGGCUGAUCUGGUGCGAAGAAAUACACUGCCUGCGCUUAACUAUGAUGGGCAUUCAUACGAGGGUAGUUUACCUAAGUUCACCACAUCGAAAGGAUCCGUCCUAGGUGGCAGCAGCAGUUAUAUGAUGCCAGCCUUUCCUAGCCGACAGCGAGAUUCCGUGCUCAUCCGAUCAGCCCAGUCUGCUCGGAAGGCACAUGGAAGCUUCAGCAUGGAUCCUUCUGUAUUUCGAUUUGGGGGAGACCUCACCAAGGAACCAGGAAUUUGUCAGUCGGAAGGUGUGCUAUGAGGGACAUGCAAGUAGCUAUCUAGUGCUGCCAGCAAUAGGGUUAUGCCUGUGGUAUGAUAUGAUACUUUCAUACUAGGUAUUUUCUUUUUACACAUGAUUGUGCUAUCAUAUUGGUUCUCCUAGCACGCGAUAAUGGUGUAAUACCACAAUUGAGGGUUUCCAUUGGACUGUGACCAGGGCCGAAUACUGUCAUACUAUUAUUACAAGUUAACUGUCCUAAGCAGCCUACUUCUGUAUGCCAAUAAUCCAAAGUGGAGACCAAAGAACUAGUACAUUGCCCUUGACAUGAAUAAUUUCAAAGCUGCAAUUGUUCAACCUUUAAAUUACAUGUCGGUGCGUCACCUGGUCAGUCGUUUCAAUAGUAUAUCAGUAUGGUUCUAUGUGUUUGAUGAAUUACUGGUUAAUCGUAUAGUAUAUUGAUGCAGUAGCCAAUAUAUUACUUGCUGUUUUUGGUAUCAGUGUUUUCACGUGAUGCAUUUAUGACAAUGUUUUUACGUCAUACUUGCUACAUUCCAAUCAACUAUAUUCAGCAUGUAAAAACUGUCACAUGCAACAUAAGGAUUAAAACAGUUAAUAUCUGCACUUCCUGCAAACUUGUAUAAUAAUAACUAUCGAAUCCAAGUUUAUGUCAUUAUUCUCGUUAUGUCGUUUACUCUUGAAUUCGUUUUUAAAAGUUUUUUUUCCAUCAAUAAUAAUUUCUAGUAUAUGUGACUGAUGAGCUUUCUAUAUCUAAACGUAGGGGUUUCCUCCCUUGCCUUUCUCUUCUUCUGUCAGUGAUCUGUAAAUUCAUGACUUUCCAUGCAUUGAGCGUACUUAUUAACUUUCACUUUUUUUGCGUGGAAAACAUACAUUGCCGUCGAAUGAGAAUACCAACAACGAAUAAGCAUGUUUAUGCAUGGUUACUCAAGUAUUCUCAUGGUUUGUCUGAGCGUUUUUACAUAUUUGAUGAGCACCAUUUCCAUAGUGCUCGGCUAGUCUGCGCCAAAUUAUGUAUGUGAUACAUUAUGCCGUCCACUUGCGUUGUUUACAUUUGACCCAAUUUGCUUUUCAUCUGAAUAAAUAUAAUCUUGCUCAAAGAUCUA